AUGGCACCAACUUGUUCUCCUUUCCAAUUUUCCGGCAACUAUUACCAACUUUCCGGUGACGGCAGUUGUGUGAGGCAGAGCAGUUUCUUUGGUGGUAAAGCUGUCCUGAAUCAAGGUGUUGGGUACUCUGUUAUUCUUGGAUUCGGUGCCUUUUUUGCCUUCUUCACCUCUUUUUUGGUUUGGCUGGAGAAACGUUACGUGGGAGCUCGCCACACGUCGGAGUGGUUCAACACCGCUGGGAGAAAUGUUAAAACAGGACUCAUAGCAAGUGUUAUUGUAUCUCAGUGGACCUGGGCUGCUACAAUAUUGCAAAGUUCAAACGUCGCAUGGGAGUAUGGAGUGAGUGGUCCAUUCUGGUACGCCAGUGGUGCCACCAUACAGGUACUAUUGUUUGGUGUAAUGGCUAUAGAGAUCAAAAGAAAGGCUCCUCAUGCUCAUACCGUUUGUGAAAUUGUUAAAGCCCGAUGGGGAACGGCCGCACAUGUCGUGUUUUUGGUCUUCUGCUUCAUGACGAAUAUCAUAGUGACGGCGAUGCUGCUUCUUGGCGGCUCCGCGGUGGUCAAUGCACUCACCGGAGUCAACAUUUAUGCCGCCAGUUUUCUAAUACCGCUCGGUGUGAUUGUGUAUACUCUUGCAGGAGGAUUGAAGGCCACAUUCUUGGCUAGUUAUAUACACUCCGUGAUAGUGCACGUGGUACUAGUCAUCUUCGUGUUCUUGGUCUACACGGCUAGUAGUGAGCUCGGUAGCCCUAGCGUUGUCUAUCGACGCCUAAUGGAGGUCUCGAGCAGAUCUAGAAUGUGUCAAGAACCUCUCUCGCAUGACGGACAAGCUUGUGGCCCUGUCGAUGGAAACUACAACGGAUCUUAUCUAACAAUGUUGAGCUCAGGCGGGCUUGUUUUCGGCAUUAUCAACAUUGUUGGUAAUUUUGGCACGGUUUUUGUCGACAAUGGAUACUGGGUGAGUGCCAUUGCGGCUAGACCGUCCUCGACUCACAAAGGUUACCUGUUAGGUGGGCUCGUAUGGUUCGCUGUGCCAUUCUCGUUGGCUACAGCUCUCGGUUUGGGAGCUCUAGCCCUUGAUCUUCCAUUAACCGCAAGUGAAGCGAGCCAUGGGCUUGUUCCUCCUGCUACAGCUAUCGCGUUGAUGGGGAAAGGGGGAUCCGUCCUCUUACUGACCAUGCUUUUCAUGGCCGUGACAUCUGCUGGUUCUUCGGAGUUAAUAGCUGUUUCAUCCCUUUGCACCUAUGACAUCUAUCGAACUUACGUCAAUCCAGAUGCUAACGGGAAACAAAUCUUGAAAGUUUCAAGGGCGGUCGUGUUCUCCUUCGGAUGUUUCAUGGGAAUUCUAGCGGUUAUACUAAACAAAGUCGGGGUUUCACUUGGUUGGAUGUACUUAGCCAUGGGCGUGUUCAUCGGCUCAGCCGUUAUCCCCAUCGCCUUCAUGCUCCUAUGGCGAAAAGCGAAUGCUUUUGGCGCUAUUUUAGGCACAACCGUCGGGUGUCUCCUAGGAAUCAUCACUUGGUUAUCAGUUGCUAGUGUUGAAUACGGUCGAGUCAACCUAGACACAACAGGAAGAAACGCACCUAUGCUCGCUGGGAAUCUAGUCUCAAUUCUAACAGGUGGGGGGAUCCACGUUGUAUGCAGUUUGUUGAGGCCGCAAAACUACGAUUGGGAAACCACAAAGCAGAUAACGGUUGUUGAGAAGGAAAAGAGUGAACUUUCGGUCGAUGAAUUUAAGGAAGAGAAGCUGAUUAGUGCGAAGAAAUGGAUCAUCAAAUGGGGUGUCGGGUUUACCUUCGUGAUCGUCGUUUUGUGGCCGCUUUUAUCGCUUCCUGCAAGGGAUUUUAGCAAAGGAUACUUCACUUUCUGGGCGGUUGUGGCGAUAGCAUGGGGUACAAUUGGGUCGGCCGUGAUCAUCGUUCUACCACUAGCCGAGAGCUGGCAGGCGAUUCAAUGUGUUAUGCUCGGAAUGUUCACCAACGAUAAGCUUGUCGGGAAGAUCGAAGAACUGAAUCUGAAGCUCGAAACCAUCAUCAAAGCUGUACCAGAUGCCGAGAGAAUUUACUUGCUCGAAAAGGGAAAGAUGAAGAAAAACGAAACAUCACAGCUAGUGUGAAACUGGAAAACCACAAAUCGAUCAUCUUCCUUGAUCAGAUUUCGACAAGCUAGAUCGAGGGCUACCCGAUCAGCUUCAGCUAAAACACAAAUGGUAACAAGACAAGAACCAAGUUGGCUCUUUUUGUGUGAUAGAUUUAAGUGUAAAUUCGUUUAGUUUCAACAAGUAAAUAAGAAGAAUAAAGAACAGUAAAGCCUGAUGAAAUUGGAAU